GCAAGGGAGGUGCACUUUGCAUUCAGUAAUUAAUUCAUACACACAUACAUAGACAUGUAUCAAGAAUUCAUCUCCACUAUUCCGGCGGCCACUGGCUGGAGCUCCGACGAAGUCAGUUUUGCCGACACGGUUUUUGGGUUUUGGGAGGAUGCUCAUGUCCUUGUCCCACCGGGAAAUUCAUCAGAUUCCAGCAACGAUGAAUUAGAUUACAAUGAUGAGGAAGAAGAUGGAAGUUUUUGCAACCUGGAAAAGAAUAAAGCUUUCUGGGAAGAACAAGAACAACUUCUUAAGGCAACUUUGUGUAGGACUAGCUCGCGUGAGAUGAAAAUCCGGCAAGCUGUGAAGGAGGCUUUAGGGGAAUUGAACAUGUCGGAGUUGCUCUGCUUUUGCCGGAGACCGGUGGCGACUAGGAGCUGCCGGGAUUGUUUGCGGAGGGAGAUGUGUGAUCGAUUAUUGAACCUUGGCUACAAUUGUGUCAUUUGCAAAUCUAAAUGGAGGAGUUCAUCGGAAAUCCCAUCAGGGGAGCACACUUACUUGGAAGUGACAGAAAAUUCAUCAAACGCCAAAAGAGGGGUAGUAAAAGUGGUAAUUGAACUGAACUUCCGAGCCGAAUUCGAGAUGGCGCGUGCCAACGAAGAGUACUUCCAAUUAGCUACGAAAUUGCCUGAAGUAUUUGUUGGCAAAUCAGAGAGGCUAAGAGCAGUGGUUAAGAUCAUGUGCUCAGCUGCUAAAAAAUGCAUGAAGGAGAAGAAAAUGCACUUAGCACCAUGGAGGAAGCAAAAGUACAUGCAAGCAAAGUGGCUUGGAACAUGCUUAGAUAGGUCCAUAGUGGAACCGUUGCCUAUGGUGGACACAACUAGAGGAGCUAGACCUAAGGCUUCAAUGCUCACUUGUGAUUUAUUAGACAACAUUUCUGGAUUGCACUGUAGGAAUGCAGUGGAGGUUGUUUGAAUUAGAUGAUGAUCAAGGAUUUUGUUUAGGUUUUAUAUGCUAUAUAUGAUUAACGGUGUUAUGUUGAAUUAAUGAUUGUAAAAUUUUGAGUUAAGGGUGUUUAGAUGUCCGCUUGUAAACAUUAGGAUCGAUUCUCUGCUGUUAAAAUCAAUUUUGAGCGUUUAUAAAUUAAUGUUUUCUUUCAUAA